AUGUCUCGAAAGCCUACAACGAGCUUCUUCGAUACGGACCAUUCCGCGAAGCGCGCCCCACGUUGGAAAAGGAACCCAAACGCUCUACAACAGCGUGAUCCUUCAUCGCAUGCAUCCCGAACAAACUCGGCAGCCGGCUCUAUUCCAGUUUCCACCGAGACUAAAUCCAAGCUAGGAGCUUUCGCGUUCAAUAAGCCAUCAACGCCAAUUAAAGCAGCAACAGGACCCGGAAAUGCACCUGGCGGUGGAGGCGGGGAUGACAAUGAUGAUGCAGAUUUAGAGAUUUCAAAGAGCAACUCAAAAACACCAAUCCCAGGGCCUGAUGCGAUGAAAGAAUGCCCCAAAACUCCAGCCCCAAGACUACAGUUAUCGGAUUUGAUAGGAAUUGGUGAUGAGGGGACCCCCACCCAGGCUCUUCUGCAAACAAGAGAUUCGCCUGAGGAUCGAAUCAUGUGGCAAAUGUCGCCUAGAGGGACACCAAAUGGCGCGUCACAAACAACACCUGCGCCAAAGAAAGGUAGGCGGGGCAAGAAGCAAACUGCAUCACCGAAUGUUGUAACUCCCAUUGGAAGGAAACGUGGAGAGACAUUCAACCCUCAGCGGCUGGGCGUUCUUAAAACACCUUUGGCAGAUCCAGCAAUGCAAUUGUGGAGCAAAUAUUCGACUACUGGUAACUCAAGCGGUUCAAACCCCGACGCCAAUCCAGCGGCACGAUUAUUUGGGGUUGAAGGGACGAAUCAAUCUCCUCUGGGAUUGAGAAGGGCGUAUAGUUGCGGGCCGGACUGGCCGCAAACGCGGUUAAAGAGGAGGAAAAUAGUCUCGUCCGAAGAUAUCUCUGAGCUAGAUGAGGUCCCUGAAGGACCUAUUAGGAGCGAAGGAGAGCCUGGAAAUCGUGCACCCGGGCCGUCGAGAUUGUCGAGGGUUAGUCGAUUGGUAGAUAAGGUGAAGGAAACGCUAGAGAAACCUUCCUCAAUGCCAAACAUACUAUCCUCUUCACCAUUGCACGAAAAUCCUCUUGAUGGCACUUCCUCUCCAAUUCGUCGGGGAGGGGGCGGGAGGACAUAUACGAUCAAUCCUCAGGCCGAAGAGAGCGAGGACGAGGACGAGGACGAGGACGAGGAUGGAGAUGGUGAUGAUGAAGAUAAUAGUAAUGAUAAGGGAAAGGGACAUAUGGCCAGCUCUGACUCUGAAGACUUUGGAGAUUUUGAUGAUGAUAUUGAUAUGAUGAUGCUUGAUAAGGCGGAAGAGCUCGCAGAAAACAAUACAGGCACGCAUCAGACCAUGGCUUCCUUAGCAGGAGACGCUGUCUUAGAGCCGGAGCUACCUUCAGGAAAGGGACAGCGGAUUCUGACUCCUGUCAAAAAAAGUGUGGUGGAAGAAGAGGAUGAGGAUGAAUUCGGUGAUGACGAUGAUGAUGAGUUUGCGGCUGGUGUCGAAAACCUCAUCUCGAAAUAUGAAACAACCCAAACGACUGUAAAUAAUCCAAACACAUCAAGCCCUGAUCAACAACACCAACUCUUUCGAUCGCGGCCCGAAUAUCACAAAACCGCAACUGAGAUUGCAGCAUCCCAGGUCUUGGAGGAGUUUGGUGAUAUUGAUUUUGAUGAGUGGAAUGACGAAGAACUGGAAAUAUCUAGUGGCCUGAAAGAUUUAAAACCAAAGAGCAUAAGAAGAUAUCUAGUUCUUGAGAUUUCCCUGGGAAGCUGGAUAUGGAAAAAUCAUUCAGACCGGGAAGAGAAGGUUUUGAGAGUGAAAGCCGAAAAAGAGAAAGUUGAGUGUAUCAUCAAACUUCGCGAGAACUGGUAUGAUACGAUCGUGGUUGAAGGUGAUCAUCUACAUUUAAUCGGGUCAUUUGAUUCAUCCCGUACAUGUAUCGUCGACAACGCCCACAACAUGAUCAUUUUACAUCCCGAUUUUCUCGUUUCAUGUACAGUGGUAGCAGACUCUUUCAGCUGUGUUCGGAAAUCGGUCAUGCAAGAUCGUGUAAAAGCAGCAGGGGAUGUCAGCAGGCCGCUAGUGUACGGAAAUAUUCUACACGCCUUAUUUCAGGCGGCGUUAAUGGCAAAUGAUUUCUCAACUGUUUAUCUGGAUGAGGUUAUAGAUAAACUCGUUGUUGAGCAUGUUGAAAGCCUUUAUGUUCUCCACGAGGAAAUACCUGUUGCGACGAAAUAUGUGAGGUCGAAGUCCUGGUUAAUACAGGAUUGGGCAAAAACAUUUGUGGCACUGAAGCCAAAGAAGAAUGCCACAGUAACAGACCACCGUGGUAAAAGUGCUCCUAUUGUUGCCGUAAACAAGUUGCUUGAUAUUGAGGAACAUAUUUGGUCGCCCAUGUAUGGACUCAAGGGUAAUGUUGAUGCGACAAUUCAAUCCACAAUCAUCGACAGUAACGGUGAAAAGACCUUGACAAUCCCUCUAGAGCUAAAGAGUGGGCAAAAUUCAAGUUCGACUAUGCACAGGGCACAGACUAUGCUAUAUACCCUCCUGAUGUCAGACCGUUACGACAUCGAUGUGGCAUGCGGGAUGUUGUAUUACAUUGAGAGAGCAGAGAUGAUUCGUGUUCCGGCAAUUCGAGACGAGUUACGUGGGAUGAUCAUUGGUCGCAAUGAAAUUGCUAGCUACAGCCGUAAUCGUACAGUUCUUCCUGAAAUGCUACGCAAUAAAAAUGCAUGCGAAAGAUGCUACGCCAAAACACCAUGUUUCAUUUAUCACAAGCUCUUGGAAGAUGGAACCCCUGAAACCAGUGGUGCUGAAAAGGCCUUCACAGAAAUGACCCAUCACCUUGGCAAUUCUGACGCAAGAUUUUUCAAACAUUGGGACACUCUAUUAUCUAAAGAAGAAAAGGAUCUGUUUCGUUUCCGCAGGGAGCUUUGGGGGAUGAUCAGCUCUGAAAGAGAAGCUGUAGGGAGAUGUUUUGGAAACCUUGUGAUCGAGCCCGGCUCGGUUUCGACCAACGACCCUACACUUACCUUUCUGGAUUCCCAGAUCAGUCUUGGUGAGCCAAUCGUGAUUUCCGACGAGAAGAGUCACUAUGCGUUGGCAUUGGGAUAUGUCACCGAUAUCAGAAGCCAUAAAAUUACGGUGCAGGUUGAUAGGAGACUUCAUAAUGCUAGAACGAGAGAGCCAGGGUUUGACAGUAAAAAGAACCAGGUCUUCACAGGAAUUAUGGAGGUUACGAAGGACGGAAAGAAUGAUCAGAAGCCGCUGGAUGCUUGGUUAUUACAGGCCCAAGACGAGGAAAUGCUGUUUAGGCUAGACAAAGACGAAUUUAGUAACGGCAUGGCUACCGUGAGGAAUAAUCUUAUACAGAUGAUGAUGCCAAACUCAGCAGAGAAGUAUCGGAGACUGAUUAUCGACCUUGAGACGCCAAAGUUCAAGGAUUCUCCAACUGCAUAUGCUUUAAAAAACGCUGAAAGCUUGAACGGGGACCAACGAAAAGCGAUUGAGAAAGUUAUGACUGCUCAUGAUUAUGCGCUUGUGUUGGGAAUGCCUGGAACGGGGAAGACAACGACUAUUGCACACAUCAUAAGAGCCCUGGUAAAUCAGGGAAAAAGUGUGCUUUUGACUUCGUACACCCAUACGGCUGUUGAUAACAUUCUUUUGAAGAUUCGGAACGACAACAUUGAUAUCUUGCGAAUAGGCUCAGGGGCCAAAAUCCAUCCAUUGGUAAAAGGAUUUGCCCAGCUAGCAGAGACCCCGAGGAAAACAUUUAAAGAAAUUCAUGAUGCUUUCCACAAGCCAAAGGUCGUGGCAACAACGUGUUUAGGUAUUAACCACACAAUCUUCAAUGAAAGAAAAUUCGACUAUUGCAUAGUGGAUGAAGCCUCUCAGAUCACCUUGCCCGUCUGCUUGGGACCUAUCCGCAUGGCUAGUACUUUCAUCCUUGUUGGUGAUCACUAUCAAUUACCACCGCUCGCAGUUGUCAACCUAGAACACCAGUAUAGGAUGUGUAAAGAGAUCAUGACUCUAUCGAAUGAACUCAUUUAUAAAGGAAUGCUUAAGUGCGGGAAUGAGCAGGUUGCGAACAAGAAGCUUGAAAUUCCGAACAUUAAGGGCCUUGAUAGACUCCACUCCCAGUCAAAAACAUGUACUGGCAGUCCUUGCUGGAUCCGUGAUUUGUUGAGCGAGAAUGUGAAAGCAUGUUUCGUCAACACUGAUACCGUCCCAGCUCGCGAAGAGCGUCGAGGUGAUCGAAUCAAUAAUCCUGUUGAAGCUGAGCUUGCAUUUCAGCUCGUCGAAGGUCUUAUCACAACCGGGAUCGAUCCUUCCUCCAUUGGUGUUAUAUCCGUCUAUCGUUCUCAAAUCAAAAUCAUUCAGAACCUCCUCCGCAGUCGGCCUACUGUCGAAAUGCACACUGCGGACAAAUUUCAAGGCCGCGACAAAGAGGUGGUUAUCAUCUCACUCGUUCGCUCAAACGAUGACCAGAAUGUUGGCGAGUUGCUACGGGAUUGGAGAAGGAUCAAUGUCGCGUUUACGAGGGCCAAGACAAAGUUAAUAAUCUUGGGCAGUAAGACAACAUUGAGCACCAAUGAGCUAUUGGCUAGUUUUGUGGGGUUAAUGGAAAGAAAGAAAUGGGUGUACGACCUACCUGCGGAGGCACAGGCUGGUCAUUUUAUGCCCAUACUCCAAACACAGUCCCAAUCUCAGAGACAGGAAAGCCGUGAAGGUGCUUCUGGAGAUGCUUCUGAAGGUGCUUCUGAAGUGGGGGCGGCGAAGUUGGUGAAGGUUAUUAAUGGGAAGAAAAAUAUUACGUCGAGGGCAGAUUUCUUGGGAAAUAGGCCAAUUUUGAGGGAUGUCGUUAACGAGAUGGUGUAA